AUGCCCGCCGCUCCAGCAGAACAGGACGAGCGUUGUAUGGUGUGGCUUGACAUAGACAACACCCUCUACUCUGCCAGUGCGGGAAUAUCCCAUGAAAUGGGGGUUCGCAUCCACGCGUACUUCGUCGGAAUGGGUUUCCCGGAGGAAGAAGCGUCGAAGUUGCACCACGAGUACUACUCCCAGUACGGCCUGGCUAUCAGGGGGCUGGUGCGGCACCAUCAGAUAGAUCCACUAGACUUUGACCAGAAGUGCGACGGGUCGCUUCCUUUAGAAGAGCUUUUGAAGCCCAACCCAGGACUCCGUCAGCUACUGAAAGACAUAGAUCGCACCAAGGCUCGGGUUUGGGGCCUGACCAACGCGUACUACACGCACGCCAAUCGGGUCCUACGUAUUCUUGGCAUAGAUGACCUUGUGGAAGAUGUCAUCUUCUGCGAUUACUCGAACCCCGAGUUCAGCUGCAAGCCCGAAUCGCAGUUUUACACAGAUGCAUUGAAGAAAGCAGCAUUGACUGACCCUUCAAAGUGCUAUUUCAUUGAUGACAGCCGUAACAACGUCAAGGCUGCUCGUCAACUUGGAUGGGGCCAUUGCGUUCAUUUCUGUGAACGUGGAGACGCUGACGAGGGUAUUGUUGCUAUUUCCAAACUUGAAGAGCUGCGGAUUGUCUGGUCCGAACUCUUCAAACAGUAA